CACCAUCACUCGUGCUGUCCAUCCCGACCAUGAGUAGAACACCAAAGCGCUCAGCUGCGGGUAUCUCUUCCCUGCCGCCUUCUCUCAAGAAACGGCCAAAGCCGUCAGCCUCGCCGUCAGCUGGUGCUUCGUCCGCCGCAAAACCAAGCACCAGCGACCCAACGACAAACGCCAACAACCCAAAGCCGAGCACCGGCGAUCCAAAAGCAAGCACCAACGAUCCAUCCACCCACGCUCCAAAGCGACCUGAUCCAACUGCUCGAUCCGUGCCUGAGUCCGAGUCUGCUGCAAACCAGCCCGAGCCGCACACGACCUCGGCAACAGAUCCCCAACCCAGCUCAGAGAUCCGCUCCGAGCCGCCAUCGAGCUCGAAACGUCGAUCGACUGCACAAAAUCUGACUCCAAAGAGGACCCGCUCUGGCAACCCUCCGAGAGGCUCCACCCCCAGUAUUCGCAACUUUUUGACUCCGCGUGCAAAGGAGUCGUCUACUGUGGCGAUCGAAUCCCCAAAGGUAUCCACAGCAACGGUCGUCACAGAAACGCCGCUGAAACCAAAUCCCAUCGUCCCGGAGCUAACCGAGUCCCAGAGCGAGUCGUCCGAGCACAUAUCUCGGGCAUUGCCGGCGCCCCGGGAGUCAUCACCCUUGGAACAGUCAAGAUCUACCGCUCCACAUCCGAACUCUUCGACACCGGUGCAACUUCUGCACGGAGCUGAUCCAGGCCACGAAGAUGCACACAUACCCCAGGCUGAACAAACUCAGGAAAUCGAGCCCAUCCAAGUGGAUCGACCGACGCAGCCAUCAGAAUCAAUGCAACCAGUAGAAGUAGUGCAGUCCGCAGAACCAGUGCAGCCAGUGCAGCCAGUGCAAACCCAGGCUUCCCUCCAAACAGAAGCCCAGACCGAAAUCGUCCGCCCCUCACCCGAGAGCAUCCGGCCUGGGAAGAAAGAAAAGUCUAGGGUCACCAUCCCCCGGCGGAAGCCCAGAGUGUCCAGCCCAAAGCCGCCCCAGACCCCGAGCAGUGCACCCAAGGCCCCUUCGCCCCGUGAGUCGCUCCGGCGACUGUUGGAUCUGUUUGCCCAACCCAUUUCCGCAAUCAAGGACCUCUCAGGCACACCCAUCCGAAAGCAGGGCCGUCCGCGAAUCAACUUUGAGGAUGGCGAGCCGCAACAUCCUGACGAGCAAAUGGUCAUAUCGGCCCGGCAAGAGGCCAAACGGCGCCUGGGCUGCCCACUGCCGGGAUGUACCCAGUCGUUUGGCAAUGGCCCGCUCCUGAUUCAGCACAUCCGCAGCUUCUGCCACAGUCUGCCGCUCCUGCUCGAUACCGUCACGACCAAGCAUGCGACCAAGGUUAACGACCCACCUAUCCAAGAAGCCAUCCAGACCCUCCAGUCCGCCGUCCAAGAUUCAACUUUUAUCUCCGGGACAUCGGACUACGUCAUCUACUUUGGCGAUCUGGCAAAGCCCACGGUCCUUCGGUUCACGCUUGGCUCGGCGAUCCCAAGUCCAAAGACUGCAUCGACAGAGGACAUGUUGGACGAGGACAAUCCCUCGCAAGAACGCCAGGCUUCGCAGGAGAGGCCUGGCGCAAAGGAAACACAGUAUACCCCAGACGGAGAGAGUCUUGAUGCAUGCACAGAGGAUGCAGCUCCUCUCCCUGCGAGGAGGGCACAACGCCGCGCUCGGAGUUCCCUGGCGGAUCUGGACAAGCCCUCACCCGAUACAACCCCGCGACGGCGUGGGCCGAAUGCUCAUCCGUCAAGGGCCCCACAGGCAUUUCUUCCAGUGCCUGGAAUGCUCCCGUCCCUCGCCGAUCAGGCUGCAUCGAUUCGCACUGAUGAUGGUUGCUCGAUACCACGACGACCUCGGCCAUCGGACUUUGAGGCUGUUGACGCAGAGGCUGCCCAGGGAUAUCUUCCUCCAGUGCAAGAGGUGAAAAUCGAGCAGAGUGGAGGCCGGCCUCUGCACUUGACGCGAUUCCAAGGAAUAUGGUCAAGCGGAGCCGAGGGCGACAGUUGCUGCUUCCUGAACACAGGGCUGCCUACUUGGGGACUCGAUUGGUGUCCAUCGUCCGACGCGCAUCAAUAUCUGGCUGUGGGGGGCUUCAAGGACAAAUCUGAAGAUCGCCUGGUUGGCGUGCGGCAGUCGUCUGAGGAAGGCAACGAUAUGCUCAACAGUAUCCAGAUCUGGGAGAUCCCCAUCCCGGAGACAGCUCCAGAGGAGUCGUCCGAUAAAGCAAGCAAAUCCGCACAGACUGCCCGGGACGGCAACCCCAAACUUGUCAUGUGUCUGUUGCAUGACUGGGGCGACGUCUAUGAGCUGCAAUGGUGUCCUCGUGGUGCAUAUGAGAGCCGAAACAAUGAAACCUCGGAGGCCUCCGCACUUCCGUGUUUGGGCUAUCUGGCAGGCAUUUUCGGCGACGGCACUAUGAACGUUAUAGCUGUUCCGCAUGUCCAACCUCUUGCCUUGGCGCUCGAGACAAGAACCACACCCCUCUUUGUUCGAAUCACCAAGCCUCUGGUUUCGUGCUCGUUGCCCAAUACUGUUGUGUGGAAACUCGCUUGGGACGAUUGCGGACGCAUCGCAACGGGAUGCACCGACGGCUCAAUAUGUCUCUGGGAUGUUUAUGAGACAAUCCGAGAGACUGAAUCGCAGGGGGGAGACUCUCCAGCUGGUGGAAAUUACGAGGUGGAGCCUUUGUUCUUUUGUCUCGCUCACGACUCUUGCAUCCGGUCGAUUGCUUGGAUCCGUGGAGCCGACGGCAAGACCUCUCACCUGGUCUGCACUUUCGGAAGUGACGGGCGAGUGCGCAUAAUCGAUAUUCGAGAUCCGCACCAGGGCAUGACGAUCUCAAGAUAUCGAGGACAAAUCAUGUGUGGGUCUUACGAUGAGGGGACGGACGCCAUUUUAUACAGCGAGCUUAACUCGAUCAAAGCACUGCCUCUCGGCGACAGGAGCGGCGACUCUGGGCUUCGUGAAGUGGGAACCGAAGCGGACGCAUUCUACUCGAUGAACUGUAUUCCCCAUCGCAGCGUGCGAUGCAUCGCCCACGACACCGCCAUUUGGCACUUUGCCGUAUCCAAGUUCCUGCCCUUUAUGAUCUCAGGAGACUGCAACGGCAAUGUCCAUAUCUCCAACACGUCUCGGCGCGAUCAGCGGCCUAAGAGGGGUGCACCGGAUACAAGGACUUACCUUGUCUACAAGCUCGAGUUGGAGAGCCAGAGUGGCAUGUAUCGCUAUGAUGGCGUCGGUGGCAAGCCUCUGCCGGAUUCGCUCGGCAAGAGUUGGAGCUUCAAUCUCGACGGCUAUCGCACCCCCGACUGUCAGAUCUUUCGUGUCUGCUGGAGCCCGAAUCCGUCAACGGCAGCAUGGAUCGCCUCGGCUGGUGCGGCGGGAUUAGUCCGUCUCGAAUCGACACUGACGCUCUCAGCCCACUGACACAGCCAUGUGUGGGAAACACUGGCAAUACACGG